AUGAAUCGCGAUGAGGCAUUGAAGAUUUUGCGGAGGAAAGAUGCUAUUCUUGAAAACCCUUCAGUUGUUGCAGAGGCUAUUGAAGUAGUUCAGAAUACUGAAACGGACCACGGAAAUAGUGGUGCUGCGUCUGAAACCAGUAAAGAAUCAGAAAAUCCUGCCGACAUAUUAGUCGAUAGCUAUAAAGGCGCCAUUGAAUUUCUCUUUGAGAUUGGCACAUGGCUUACCUACACCGACGACGAUGCGCAAUCAACGCGCAAUAUUAUCGAGUCUGUUGUUAUGGAGACCAUCUUGCAAAAUUAUGACCGAAACAAAGCCAUCAAGUGCCUUACUGAGGAAAAUGUUGAUGACACAAUGGAGUGGCUGAGUCAUCUAAUCGAAUCGGCGCGAUGGCGUCAAACCAUCUACGAGUUAGCCCAACAACCACGUAACGAAGACUGCCCUUUCCUCUCCCUCACCAUGCCUUGCAUAGCCGUGAAGGAGGAGCUCAUCGGUGAGCUUAUCUCCGUGCCCUUGGCCUGGAACACGUUGGAGAUCUUCCUCAAGUGCGUUGCAUACAUUCUCCACCCAUUGUUAAGCGCCAAUACGGAGCUGAUGGAUGACGAUCUCUUCUUGCACGACGUCGCUUUUCUCAAGUCUGCCUCCAUGUCUUCUACACAGCAGCAACUACUACAGCAACAACAGCAACAGGAUACGGUGUUCAAUCAUUGUCUGCUUGAUGUGGAGGCAGACCCCGAUAAAAAGAGGAUUUACCAGAUUCUGCGACACUUUUUGGAGAUGGGUUGUCAUAGUGAACAGACCUACCUAAUAAUUCAGUCAAUGCUGCAAUGUCUGAUUCGCCAGAGAAAUGACAACGCUGCGAGGCACCUCUCCUGGCUACUCGAGUCAGAGGCGAGUCGACGUGGGCGGGAUGUCAGUCGGUACAGCGUCUACUUCUGCUUCGCCCGAAACUACCCCACUGAGGUGGCUGCUAUGCGCGCCAUACUCUCUGAACAGUCCCUUCUUCCCCAACCACUCGACGCGCUUUAUUUGGCAUACAGAGGCGAAGCACCUCCUCCAGUCGGCCUGAUUCGGCAGCCUCUUUUCAUCGUGAUGCUAGCGGACGCGUUGUUUGCAAGUCCGGAGCGCCUGCUGAGCGAGCAGCAGGAGUGCUACGCUUACCUCUAUGCCUACGCCUCGGUGACCGCAGAGAAGGUGGACUUUGAAACCGAGUGCCGAAUCCGCCUCGACCGCUCACGAAUCGCUGAGGUCAAUAGGGAGGUGUUGGAGGCUAGCCGCAUCUGCAAACACGCUAAAUUACGGGAGGCUAAGGAUUCGCCUGGUAAAAGAUACCCUGCUGUAAGAUCGCGAGAUAACACUGAGUCAUUAAUGACUAACAAAUCCUCUUCUCUACUUCAGUGGAAUACCAUGACAGGCAGCGCGGUGAGCUUACGAGCCUUCCGUGAUUUGCCGACCCUAUUGCAGUGCCUGCACCACCGAGCGGUAUCUUUUGGUGUAUUCCGCUUCCUCUGGGUCAUCUUCCGCUCCAAGCGGGUGGACUUUGAGCUCAACCUCGAGACAAUGAAGCCCUACUGCAUCGUUGUGAAUGAGCUUGCCACCCUUAACCCCUUCAUUCGGCCCGCGUUACUCUCCUUCGUCACUGAACUGCUCGGGUCUGUUAUGGAGGGCAUGGAGGAUCUCAGUCAGUUGGAGUACAAGCGAAUGCUGGUGGGACUGCUGGUCCACCUCAUCACUUGCGGCUACGUUCUACCCACUAUUCGGACGAUGCAUUCUCUCUUCGAGCGGAAUCAUGUGGACGUCUCUAUCGCGAGGCAUUUUGUCACCGAGCUCCUCAAUGUGGCUGCACCGCCGUAUGACCCGACAUUCAUGAACUGUCUUCAUCCUCUCGUAUCUCACCCACACAUCAUUGAUGGUCUUCAUGCUGGUCGAAACACCGAUCUCGUAAAGGAAUUUUUAGUGACUUCGGGAAAGGCUCAGGGUGAUGCAAAUUUUGCUGUCAGGAAGGAAUUUCCAAGGGAUAUAGGCAGCAAAAUAUGUAUUUUUUGGCAAGAAUGUUUAAAUUUGGUCAUGAUUUACAAAGUUGUUUGGUGGGGCUAA